CAUUCGCUUGUCGUUCACAAUCUCCCCACGCCAUUCGCCGCUUAUGCUUCAAAUCCAAUGAUCCGACCUCUUGUGAAACAAAACAAAGACGAGAAAAAAGAUUCAUUUUCAUGGCAUAGAAAUUGUCAGCCUGAAACGGAAAAAAAAAAAUACUUUUUCACUGUUCAAUCAUUCUUGUUCCUUCCAUCUAUGUUUCUCCGCAGGCUAAUAAGAUUCACUUCCCUUCUCCUAGCUAACUAAGACGGUUCCCUCAAAUUUCCCCGCCAUCACAUUCUUCUUCACCCCCUCUCUCACCCACAUGUCCUUUUAAGCCACUUGGUCUCCCCCAGAACUCUGGUUUCUUCACAUUACCAUUCACACUGCUGCAAUUUUCCUUCUGUAACAUCAGUAGCAUAUAUUAUUGAUCAUGUCGUCGUUGGGAGGAGGGCAAAGGGUGGUGAUCAUCGACGAUGCUUCGAGGGAUGUUGUUAGUCCAGCAGGAUCGAUUCGAUUGGUCCUUCAGCAGUUCUCAUUCAAGGCUGGUGAUGUCCUCAUCCUCUAUGGAAUCCUUCACCAAGUUACUAAUCCUAUGGGGUACAAGAUCAAGGUGGACUCGAGCUCGAUGUUUGGGAUCAACCCGAAGCUGAUUGCAGAUGAAGUUUCCAGGAAGAAAGACGAGUACACUAACAAUGAAGAAAUCAUCACUAUUUCCAAGCUAUGUCAGAUGGAACAGAUUGAGUUCCGGAUCGAGGUCCAUGCAGGGCCGACUCCAAAGGUGGUCGCCAUGAAAGCUGCAAAGAGUCUAAAGCCGACAUGGCUGAUACUCGACAGGCAGAUGAAGAAGGACAAGACUUACUUCACCGAGAAGUUAUCAUGCGGGAUCUCAAGGAUAAAGCGAAACAACACCAUCGAAGAACUGAGACAGCCCAAACCAAGAAUGGUCCCAAGGAAAUCUGCAGAAAAAGGCAGUGAUCAGGACAAAGCAGGGCAGCAGGUCACUUAUGAUGAAAUGAUCCCCGGAAGUCCUGAGAAUGGAAACGAAGGAGAUCGAGAUCGAAGCCAAGGGAAGUCCGCUCUUCUCACCUCCUUGUUUUCAGAUACACCCGGCACACCACUCAUAACAUCCACCACAGCUCGCCUCUACUACGAAUCUUCCUGUUCCGCCGGAUCAAAACCAUCAUCAUCUUCUUCAUCAGCCGCAGCAUCAUCUACCUCAGAUCCCAGCCUGCAAGAAAAAGACAAACCACCAUCAUCAACCACCACCUCACAACCCGAAGCAGCUAAACACAAGCCUUCAUCUCCGCCGACAUCAGCCACUCAUCAGGACACCGAAGAAGCAAACCACAACGAACAACAACAGAAGAAGACAGAAGGCAGCAGCCCAGUAAACGAUGCCACCGUCGUCGUCUUCGCGUUGAAGAACCCGAUCUGCACAGUAUGCAAGAACGAGCGGCCCAACAAGACGGGAUGGCCCAGAAGAAGGGACUUCACAUACACGGAGAUCCACUCUGCCACCGAUGGGUUUUCAAUGAAGAACUUCUUAUCAGAAGGUGGGUUUGGUUCUGUUUUUAGAGGCGAGCUGAAUGGGGUCAAGAUUGCCGUGAAGCAACAUAAGAAUGCGAGCAUGCAAGGGGAGAAGGAGUUCAAGUCUGAAGUGGACGUGUUGAGUCGAGUUCGGCACGAGAACUUGGUCAUGUUGUUGGGCUCGUGCGCUGAAGGAAGCCAUCGAUUGCUUGUUUAUGAGUAUGUCUGCAAUGGCUCUCUGGAUCAGCACCUGUCGAAACAUACCCGGAGGCCGCUGAGUUGGGAGAUGAGGAUGAAGAUAGCGAUUGGAGCUGCGAAAGGGUUGCAGUAUUUGCAUGACAAUAACAUCAUUCAUAGAGAUAUGAGGCCGAGCAACAUCCUUAUAACACACGAUUAUGAGGCCCUGCUAGGAGAUUUCGGACUGGCAAGAACACAGCAUGAAGACCGGGAGCUGUCGAUGGAAACGAAUGUAGUGGGAACACUGGGCUACUUGGCACCAGAAUAUGCAGAGUACGGGAAAGUGUCCACCAAGACCGAUGUGUAUUCAUUUGGGAUUGUGCUGUUGCAGCUCAUCAGUGGGCUCAAGACCACUGACAAGAGCCUUGGAGGGAAGAGUCUUGUAGGUUGGGCGAGACCAUUGCUGAAAGAGAAGAACUACCCGGACUUGAUUGAUCAGAGAAUCCUGGAUUCCCACGAUGUUCAUCAGCUGUUCUGGAUGGUGAGAGUGGCAGAGAAGUGUCUGAGCAAGGAUCCUAAGAAAAGAUUGACCAUGGAUAAGGUGGUAUAUGCACUGAAUCACAUAAUGGAGAGUGACACGGGUUGCAGCACAAAGGACUACUCCCCAACGCGGUCGGAUUCCACUCGAGAUUCUACUCCAACGACUACUGAUUCCCUGGAAGACGACAUGUGUUCCACCCUCGACGACACACCAUACACAAGCAGCGCAAGCAUAGCGAGUUUGCAUCUUUUCCCGCCGCAGAGUCAGCGAAACCCUCCCACUCCACCACUGCAGCCCUCUUCUGCAGCAGCGACUACAACAGGGCAACACGAUCAGAAUUCGCCAUGAAAGGGAACAUCGAUCGAGUUGGUUGGAUUUUCACCCCCUUCUAUUGGGUUCUACUUAAUUGUCUCAGCUGGGUUUCCAUUCUAUCUACUCAAUUAAUUCGUCGAUGUACAAUGGUGGAUUAUAUUCUUGUCAGUGGUUCUUGUCAAUGCAACAACGGCGAAGGAUGAGGUGAAAGUCUUUCUUUUUAGAACAAAGAAAGAUAACUUCAUCAUCAAGACAGUCAUGAUGCGGCAAGCUAAAAAAGAAGAUGCGAGAUCAUGUCAAGGAUUUGAAUUCAAUCUUGAGAGAGUAGCACAGAUUUGAGAGUCAGUGACCUAAUCAGCUGCGAGAUGAAGAUUGCGACAGUUAGAGAAAAAAAUAUCCUUUGUGUUGUGAAUUCAGGCGACUUCCCUUGUUUUUUUUUUUUGUUCUUCCUCUUCAACAAAUUUAGAGCUUUUGUUGGAUACAUUAUAGGGGUGGCUAAUAAAGUUAUGUUCAUGCA